GAUGCAGAGCAUAAUAAUUGCUGCAAAAAUUCGAACCCUCUUGACUCGAGAGUGCAGAGGAAUCGAAGUAGAUUGAAAGAGAGAAAAUUCCAGGAAUUGAUUGACAAAUCAAUCAUUCUAAAACCCUAGAUGUUGUUUAUUGAUUAGCCCUCUCUAUCUCUCUCUCUAUGCCGUGUAGAUCGUGUUGUGUUGUUUUGGGGGGGAUAAUAGUUGAUUUCUAGUUUUGAGUGAGAACUUGAAAAUGAGCAGCAAACGGGAAGAGGAGAAGAAUUAAAAGAUUAUCAGGGGACUGAUGAAGCUCCCUCCUAAUCGCCGAUGCAUCAACUGCAACAGCUUGGGUCCUCAGUAUGUGUGCACAAAUUUCUCGACGUUUGUUUGCCUGAUAUGCAGUCGGAUACAUCGUGAGUUUACGCAUCGUGUUAAGUCUCUCUCUAUGGCUAAGUUUACUUCUCAAGAAGUGGAUGCGGCUGUAAUCAGCUACUCAUUAUAUAAUGCUUCUACAACGUGCAAGGGAAAGUCCUGGGACCCGGAAAAGCAAAGGCUUCCAGACAAUAGACAUGUUAGUAUUUGUAUCAAAAAUGGGGAAAAGACAGGACUUGGUGAUUAUCAUUGGGUACCUGGACUGAAUGGAGGCAAACCUGAAAUCAAAGUGCAAAUAGAUGCCAACAUGUUCAGAGUGAAGGACUUACUGUGUAAUGGUGGGGUCAGCUGGGAUAGUACCUUGAUUAAAGCCUUGUUUAAGGAUGAAGAUGCUUCUGAAAUUUUGAAGAUUAAGGGACUGAUUCCUAACUCUGAGGAUGUGAUAAACUGCUCUUUUGCAACCAAAGGGAAAUUUUCUGUGAAGACUGCCUACAGG